AUGCAGAUGCCACAGGAUGGAGAGGACCUUGCCAGUCAACCCUGGUACCAUGGUCCCCUGGCCCGCCAGAAGGCCGAGGCUCUCCUUCAGCAAGAUGGUGACUUCCUGGUUCGUGCCUCUGGGUCCCGCGGAGGCCACCCUGUGCUCACCUGCCGCUGGCGAGGCUCGGCCCUGCACUUCGAGGUGCUCCGUGUGGUCCUGCGGCCUCGGCCAGGCCGACCCCCGGCCCUCUUUCAGCUGGAGGACGAGCGCUUCCCCAGCCUGCCCGCCCUGGUCCACAGCUAUGUGACCAACCAGCGCCCACUGUCCCAGGCUACAGGGGCCGUGGCCUCCCGGCCUGUGACCCGCCAGGGGCCUCUGCGGCGCAGCUUUAGCGAGGACACCCUUACAGACAGCCCAGCACGGAGAGAGCCGCUCAGGACUAGGAAAUGGAGCGACAGUCAGCCGGCAGGUCUGGAGCAUAUGGGACAGUCAAGACAGGACUGUUCUGGACCAGGAGCCUUGGCCAUGCCCCCAUCUGCUGUGCCUCGGACAGGCAGUGACCCCUUGCUUUUGAAGACCCAGGCUACCCUGGGCUCUGUUGCUGACAGCCUCAGGGCCUCCGAUGGGCAGCUUCAUGCCAAAGCACCCACCAAGCCACCCCGGACACCCUCCCUGGCGCUACCUGAUGCCUCCGGACGCCCCCCAACAUACUGCGAGCUGGUGCCCCGUGUGCCCAGUGCACAGGGAACACGCCCUGGCCAAGGCUGCCCAGAGCCAGAGACUCCAUGGUGGGAGGCCCAUGAGGAGGACCAGGAAGACAAAACUUUCCAGAGACCCCAGGCUGAGGUCUCUUUCUGCCCCCCUGACACCACAUGUCGCUUGCUGGGCCCCCAGAACCGGCCCCUGGAACCCGGGGUCCUGCGUACUCUCAGGGGCCUCUUCCUGGAGCACCAUCCUGAGAGCACUGCCCUCCACCUGCUGUUGGUGGACUGCCAGGCCACGGGUCUCCUGGGAGUGACCAGGGCUCAGAAGGGAGCCAUGGGGGUCGCUUCUGGCCUGGAGCUGGUGACACUUCCCCAAGGGCAUCGCUUGAGGUUGGAACUGCUGGAGAGGCAAGAGGCGUUGGCGCUGGCCGGAGCGGUGGCCGUGCUGGGCUGCGCUGGGCCGCUGGAAGAGCGCGCCGCUGCGCUAAGGGGCCUAGUGGAGCUGGCGCUGGCACUGCGGCCGGGGGCAGCGGGGGACCUGCCCGGGCUGGCCGCGGUCAUGGGCGCCCUGCUCAUGCCCCAGGUGUCCCGGUUGGAGCGCACAUGGCGCCAGCUGCGGCAGAGCCACACGGAAGCGGCAGUAGCCUUCGAGCAGGAGCUGAAGCCGCUGAUGCGGGCGCUGGAUGAGAGUGUGGGACCCUGCGAACCCGGCGAGGUGGCGCUGCCGCACGUGGCACCCCUGGUGCGCCUGUUGGAGGGUGAGGAGCUUGCAGGGCCGCCAGACGAGAGCUGUGAGCAGCUGCUGCGCACCCUGAGCGGGGGGCGUCGCAUGGCCAGGGACGCGCCCAAGUUCCGGGAGGUGGCAGUCCAGCGCCUGCGAGGAUUCCGGCUGAACCCUGAGCUGAGGGAGGUGCUGACCACCAGCUUCGUGAAGAGGUUGCUCUGGGGUAGCCGGGGCGCGGGAGCGCCACGGGCAGAGCGCCUGAAGAAGUUCCAGCGCGUCCUUAGCAUCCUGUCGCAGCGCCUGGAGCCUGAUGACUGA